CUCUGAGGUUAGGGAGACUAGUGCAGCCAAAGAAGACAUGAGGAGUCUGCUGGCACCGCUGAUCAUGACUCUGGCCCUGGCAGCACUCUGCUGUUGUGAGAAAGAUCCCAAAGACCCCUCAGGAUCUCCCAGCACUGCCAGCAUCAAGAUUAAAAAAGAAGUUGCCAAUGCCUUUGUGAAGAGGCAGAAGAGAUCCAGCCUGUAUGAAUGGUACUCUGAGUAUUACAAAAAUCCAAUGGAGCAGAUGCAUGAGCGUUGUGAAAACUACCCCCCCUGUGACUAUCUCUCUGACCAAAUAGGAUUUUCCAUGGCUUACAACCGUUUCUUUGGGAGAUACUAAGGAUGGGACAGGCACUUCAUUCAUUGUGCUUGGGACCAGUCUGAAGCCCCCAGGAGAAAGAAGGUUGUGAGUGGGAAGGAGGGAAGGAAAACAUCUAGACUGGGGCGUUCUUCCGUUGUCUCCCCAGCCAGCUGGAACACCAAGGCAAUAAUUAUCCCACUUGUUGAGCUUGCAUUAGCUUUCUUCCUUUCAUCAAAAAUGUUUAUCUUCAGCCAUCUUUUGUGAUAUUUUGAGCUUCACCAGAAAUGAUUGAGAAGACUCUGUCUUACCUCCUUCCAUUUGAAUCCCCAUGAUGCAGUAGGUGAGAAAACUGUGAUUCCUCUCAAGAAAAUCAAUGUAUGCAUUAGAAACAUAACAAGACCUUUUGUCCUAUUCUACAAAAUGCAGGAGGAUUAUAGAAGGAGAAUGUCACAAUGUGUGUAAAUAUGAUGGAUCUGAUCCUGGAAUGCUCACUGGGAAGAAGGCAGAAUGGCUGCCUCCUGGUACAAUGACUGGGAAAGUUCAGUAUUUUCAGGUAGUAUAAUCACCCUAAAUAUGUGCCAGUGUAGGAUCAUUUUGUAAAUAUAGAAGUGUGAAAAUACUAUUACAUAGCCAGAAAUCAGGUUCUGGUACACUCUUCUGAUUAUUCUGUCACAAAAUUUGCCUGUAUAGUAACAACAGAUAAAUCCCAAAAGGUGUGUUUAAGGAGUCCUUUUAUAUAAGCCCUUCCAUUUGUAUGCUGCAUUCAAUGACUGACUGUAAAAAGUAACUUGGAAAUCUCUUGUUGUUUUUGUUACAACUGGUUUCUGGUGAAACCGAAUAUACCCAAGCAGAACAAAACAAUAAUCUGUUUCUCUCUGAUGCUUUAUUAUUUAUGCUUGAAAGUGAACGUGUCUGAACAGCCCCAAAAAAGCAAAGAAAAAACCCAAUAAACUUUAUGAAAUAAACAAAACCAAAAUCGAUUCAAGGAUGGAUUGAAGUUAGGUCAGCAUUUGGUUUAUUCAAGGCAACCUGUAUCUCUCUUAUAUGUAUAUAUAAAAAAUGUGUGCGUGUUUGUAUACAUGUCCUCUUCCCUCCUCACUACUUCAUUGUGUCCUCUGGUAUGAAUAUUAUACCUUAGCAACUUUCUGCACAGCCUCCCUUGAUGUGCUCUGUCAGCUUUCCUUCCCUGAGAGGUAGAUGGCAGAUCCCAUCUCCAAGGACAUGGACUGCUGACCCUCAGGAGACUGAGAAAGACUGAAUCUCUCUGGUUGCAUGUAAGCUGGUGCAGCCAUUCCCAGCUGCUGACUGCAAUAAAUACUGCUCAUGUAAAGCAAGUUGGUGUGCUGCUUCUCUCUGU